AUGAGCGACAACCCGUUCGAGGAAGGGAACGCGGAGCCGAACCCGUUCCAGGCGUCCGCGGAGGUGGAGCCCGCGAACCCGUUCAACCCGUCCCCGACGGACGUCGCCCCGACGUACGACAACCCCGCGUACGACGACGCGGCGCCCGCGCCCGUGACCACGUUCGGCGCCUACGACGUCGGCGCGUACGGAUCCGACGCCGCGCCCGCGCCGUCGGCGUCGUCGCCGCCGUCGGCGGCGGCGGCGGCGGACGCGUACCAGCCCAGCGGCGGCGCGUACGGCGGCGCGGGCACCGCGCUGGCGUCCGCGGCGGCCGCGUACGGAAGCGGCUCGAAAUCGCCCGGAUCCGACGGCGGCGAGACGUCGGUCCGCGUGCGGGAGUUGGAACAACGCGAGGCGGCGCUGCGUCGAAGGCGCGAGGAGGUGAUUCGUCGGGAGCAGGCGCUCGCGAACGCGGGGCAGAAGAACUGGCCGUUCAAGCGGUACGCGAUCGCGUUCCACGACAUCGAGCUCGAGAUCCCGGAGGAGUGCCAGCGCGCGGUGCACCACGCGCACUACGCGUUUUGGGGCCUCGUGUUUUGCCUGACGUACAACUUCCUCUUCGCCGCGUCGGCGGCGUUUUUCGGCCUCGGCGAUUUCGCCGCGUGGAUCAUGGCGAUCCUGUACCUCAUCACCGGCGUCCCGGGCGCGUACUUCUUCUGGUACGCGCGUCUGUACAACGCCACGAAGAACGACAGCGCGCUCGGGUACGCGUGGUUCUUCAUCGUCUUCCUCGUGCACAUCGCGUUUUGCCUCUUCGCGUUCAUCGCGCCGCCGGAUGCGUUCGGAACCGCCAAGUACUCCCUCGCAGGGGUGAUGUCCACGGCGGAGAUGGAGAAGGAGAACUCCAGCAUCGGCGGCGUGUACGCGUUCGGCGCCGCGCUGUGGUUCUUGGAGCUUCUUUGGUCCGUUUGGGUCAUUCGCGGCGUGUACUUGGCGUUCAGAGGGCAAGGGCACACGGUGACGGAGGCGAGGAACGCGGUGGCGAAGGACGCCGCGUUCGGCGCGGCCAAGUCGGGCGCGAGGCGUUAGCCCCGCGACGUAAGUAACGGUCGACGAUGAGGCGUUAUGUUGUGCGUGUGCUUCACAACACUCUGUUAAUACGUCGUACAAAUUGUGCG